GACUAAAAGUCAUUAAAUCAAUUUUUUUAUUUUGUUGAAAGGGGUGAUUUUUAGAUUAUCUAUUUUUUUUUUUUUUAGUUGAAGAUGUCUGGCAUGACAACAGAACUUUCAUGUCGCUAGGCGAGCUAUUUAUUUAUUUAUAUUUUUCAUUAUUAAAAAAUAAUAAUAAAUAUUAAUUUUGAUUGUUGUCUUGUUGAUGUUUAUGAUCAAGUGAUAAAUAAUUAUAUGAAAUAUAAUAAUGACGUGUAAUUUUAAGAUUAAGUGUUUUUAAAAAUUUUUGAUUAAAUGUCAGAUGAUAAGAUGAUGAUUAAUUGAUUGUCAACAAUGUAUCAACAAUCCAUCAAUGUUUACAAAUAUUAUAAGAUAUAUUUAUCAGCAUUAUUGGUGUUUUGUUAAUGAAAAAUAUAAAACAUAUUUUAAUAAGUGAGUAAUAAGUGCAGAUUGAUUAAAAAAUGUCGGGUGGUGAAAGAAAAAAACGUGAUAAAAGACAAGGUUGGGAAGAAGCUGGAGCUGAAUUUUAUCAAGAAAGUUAUCCAGCAGCUGCUAUUGAAGCUGAUUUACAACAAGCACUUCAACGAGAUCCAUCACAUAUUGCCACAUUGCUUCCAAGUAAAAAAUCACGUGUUGCAACAACAAAACGUAUUAAAAAUGAGCCAAGAACAACACUCAGAAGACGAACAAGUACACGUUCAAGAGCAGCUACAAGUACUGUCAGAAGAUUAUCAACAAAUAUACCAGAUCCAAUAAAUUGUUCAAUGCUACCAGAUUUAUCAGAAAAUUUAUCAAACGAAGAAUUAACAUGGGAAGAAAUAAUGCAAAUUAAAUCAAUGCCUGUUUGUAUGGCACAAAAAAUACAAUUAAAACAACAAUUACAGAAUGCAACAAAAUUAAGACUUCAAGGUUUUGAACAAUUAAAAUGGCAAAGAAGAAAAGUUUGGCAACAAUUACAAGAAAAAAUUAAAGAAACAUAUUCAAAAAUUGAAUUAUGGAAUACUAGUUUUAAAAAAAUUGGUGGUAAUUUUGGUAUGGGUAUUGUUGCAUAUUUUUUAUUUAUAAAAUGGCUUAUGUUUUUAAAUAUAAUAAUAUUUUUAUUGAUAUUUUUAAUAAUUGUAUUACCAACAAUUUUAUUAACAACAGAAAUUGAUAAUUGUAAUAUAUCAAAUAAUAAUGAAACAAUAAUAUCAUGUUGUUCAGAAAAAUAUUGGAAUAGAACAGCUGAUGGAAAUAUAAUAAUUGAUUUAUUAAAAGGUAAUGAAUUGCUAGAAAAAACAUUAUUAUUUUAUGGUGUUUAUCAAAAUAAAUUAUAUCAUAGUAUUGAUGAUUCAUCAACAACAUAUGAUUUACCACUUGCUUAUAUUAUUUGUACAAUAUUAUUUUUUUUAAUAAUACUAUUGGCAAUUGUAAGAUCAGCUGCUAAAGGAUUUAGAGAAAGAGUUAUUGAGGGUGAGGGACAAUUUUAUCAGUAUUGUAAUUUAAUAUUUGGUGGUUGGGAUUAUUGUAUUCAUAAUGAAGAAGCAAGUGAUAUUAAACACAAAGCAAUAUACAAUGAAAUUAAAGGUUUCCUCGAAGCUGAAAGACUCGAUGAAGAACGACAAAAUCGUACACGUGAAGAAAAAGUUAAAUUAUUUUUCAUUCGUUUUAUUAUUAAUUUAUUUGUACUUGUUGUACUAAUAUUAUGUGGUAUAUUUAUUUAUUUUAUCAUUGAUAUAUCAUUUAAACAAGUUAAUAAUAAUAAUAAUUUACAAAGUAAUGAUAAUUAUUUAUCAAUUCAAAAAAUUAUACAAAUUGGUUAUGAAUUUUUGCCAUAUAUUUGUAUUGUCGGUUUAAAUGUUGCUGUACCAUUUCUAUUUAGAAAUCUUGUUAAUUUUGAACAUUAUAAACCUCUUAAUGUCAUACGUUUUACAUUAUUUAGAAUUAUAUUUUUACGUUUAGCAUCAUUAAUUGUAUUGCUAACAAGUUUUUAUAAAAUAAUUGUUGUUAAAAUUGAUGAUGAUAAAUGUACAAAUGCAAAUAGACCAUUAUGCUGGGAAACAUUUGUUGGUAAACAAUUUUUAAAACUUUAUAUUACUGAUUUAUUAACACAAUUUUUUUUAACAUUUUUUAUAAAUUUUCCACGUUCAUUAAUAGCACGUCAUACAAAUAAUAAAAUAAUAAAAUUUAUUGGUGAACAAAAAUUUGAUUUAUCAAAUCAUGUACUUGAUAUAAUAUAUUCACAAACAAUAUGUUGGCUUGGUACAUUUUUUGUACCAUUUUUACCAUUAAUUGCUGUUGUUGGAUGUUUUUUUUUAUUUUAUAUUAAAAAAUUUGCAUGUUUAAUUAAUAGUACACCAUCAAAUCAAGUAUACAGAGCAAAUCGUUCAACUUCAUUAUUUAUGUUUGUAUUACUUUUAUCAUUUUUAUUAGCAAUAAUACCAGUUGGUUAUUCAAUUGCUGAAAUAACACCAUCGAAAUCAUGUGGACCAUUUCGUAAUUUAGAUACUGUUUGGACAUUAAUCAUUCAAACAUUUACUAAAUUUCCAAAUUGGAUACAAAAUAUAUUAUUUUUUAUUGGUACUGCUGGUUUUGGUAUACCAGCAUUUAUUGUAUUAUCAUUAUUAUUAUAUUAUUAUUAUGCUGUAUCAAUGGCUAAUAAACAUAUGGUUGUUGUAUUGAAAAAUCAACUGGUACUUGAAGGACAUGAUAAGCAAUUUUUAUUAAAUCGUUUGAGUGCAUUCAUAAAACAACAACAAGAACAAAGCAAAUAUCAUCAUGAACAAUCUAUUGAAAUUGGAAAUUUUAAUUAAUUAUUAUUCCAAUUUAAUUGACAUUGUCUUUAAUUUAAUUUUAUAAUAAUUACAAUACCAAAGAGUGAUAGAUCCAAUUUUUGGAAGUAUUUAUGUAAUUUAUAAAAAACAAAAAAACCAGAAAAAAAAAACAUUUUGAUGAUGUAAAUAAUAUUUAUACUUGAAGGAUUUAAUGAUUAAUAUUUAAAUCAUGAUAAAUCAUGUCAAUAAUAAUAGUA